AUGUUAAUUAUUAAUAAUGCAUGGUAUGUUUACACAUCUAUACCACAUGACGAGGUACACCUAGUAUGGGUAUACCCAGUAGAGGUACAUCCAUUACACCCAGAGGUACACCCAGUAGAGGUACACCAAGCAGAGGUAAAAACAGUAGAGACAGAGAUGUACCCAGUAGUGGUACACCCUGUACACCCAGUAGAGGUGCAGCCCGUAGAUACACACAGUAGAUGUGCAGCCAGUAGAGGUGCACCCAGUCCACACAGUAGAGGUGCACCCAGUAGAGGUACACCAAGAAGAGGUGCACCCGGUAGAGGUACACCCAGUAGAGGUGCACACAGUAGAGUUGCACCCAGUAGAAGUGCACCCAGUAGAGGUACACCCAGUACAGGUACACCAAGUAGAGGUACACCCAGUAGAGGUGCACCCAGUAGAUGUGCGACCAGUAGAGGUACACCCAGUGGAGGUACAGCCAGUAGAGGUGCACCCAGUAGAGGUGCACCCAGUCCACCCAGUAGAGAAGCGCCCAGUAGAGGUACACCCAGUAGAGGUGCACCCAGUAGAGAUACACCCAGUAGAGGUACACCCAGUACAGGUACACCAAGUAGAGGUACACCCAGUAGAGGUGCACCCAGUAGAUGUGCGACCAGUAGAGGUACACCCAGUAGAGGUACAGCCAGUAGAGGUGCACCCAGUAGAGGUGCACUCAGGCCACCCAGUAGAGGUGCACCCAGUAGAGGUGCAGCCAGUAGAGGUGCACCCAGUAGAGGUACACCCAGUAGAGGUGCACCCAGUACACCCAGUAGAGGUGCAGCCAGAAGAGGUUCAGCCAGUAGAGGUGCAGCCAGAAGAGGUUCAGCCAGUAGAGGUGCAGCCAGAAGAGGUGCACCAAGUACACCCAGUAGAGGUGUAGCCAGUAGAGGUACACCCAGUAGAGGUGCACCCAGUACACCCAGUACACCCAGCAGAGGUGCAGCCAUUAGAAGUGCAGCCAGUAGAGGUGCACCCAGUAGAGGUACACCCAGUAGAGGUGCACCCAGAAGAAGUGCACCCAGUUGAGGUGCAGCCAGUAGAGGUACACCCAGUAGAGGUGCAGCCAGUUGAAGUGCACCCAGUAGAAGUGCACCCAGUAGAGGUGCACCCAGUAGAGUUGCGCCCAGUAGAGGUGCACCCAGGCCAUCCAUAGAGGUGCACCCAGUUUAGGUGUACCCAGUAGAGGUACACCGAGUAGAGGUGCACCCAGUAGAGGUACACCCAGUAGAGGUGCACCCAGUAGAGGUACACCCAGUUGAAGUGCACCCAGUAGAGGUGCACCCAGUAGAGUUGCGCCCAGUAGAGGUGCAACCGGUAGAGGUACACCCGGCAGAGGUACACCCGGCAGUGAUAAACCAAUCCAGUGAUAAACCAACAGGAUUAGCAAUAUUGGAAAAGUUUACAAAUAUAAGAAUUAAAAACUUAUCUGGCUUCAUAGAAAUUGAUAUUUAGGUUGAUUGGAUAAGAAACAUAAAUUUUCUGCACUACAUGUGUUUUUUCUUUGUCUGUGCACUGUGAAAUCCCUAGUUUUUUGUUUAUAGUUUAGCUCCAUGUACAAUAAAAGUUCUUUGGGUC